CACUCGUCCUUUUCCAGCUCUUCGACGCUAUCACUUCAUCAAGCCCAUCCCACUCAAUACCAUUGCUACCAGCGUCUCCAAUCCCGUUUCUCUGGUUGCCGAACAGGGUGGAGCGCUUUUGCCCUAUCGACCACCGCUCUAGCGACAAGCCAUUGAUCCACCCCUCCAUUCGUUCUUUCCCGGUAUCUCGCCAAGAAUAUCGCCAUGGCCCUCCAGGAAACCCCUCAGGCUCCCUUGUUGAUGGGUAUGACGAUCGUUCGCGUUUUCUUCAACAAAGACGAAGUUACGAAAUCGGUGUUUGAAAACGAGAAUUGUGGCAAAUGUUCUUCGAAAGCUACUGUCAUAUUUCGGGCCGUCGACCUCAUUACCUUCGGUCUGGAUAUCUGUGCGUGUAAACCCCCGGUAAUAUGUUUACCGGGAAAAAAAGAUUCCCAUAUGCUUGUCGACUGGGCUUCAUCUGCCAAAGAAAACCGUUAUUUGGCAUUCGGAAUAAAUAUUCUCCGUCCGGGCAAAUCGGGUACAGUGAGCGUUGAGGAUUUGCCACUGCGUUGAUUGGCCGAACGAAAAGGAUGAUGUGAGGAAGUGGGCUGGCGGCGAUUCAGACAAGGGGCCACCUCAAUUAUGUGACGUGGGCUACCCUGUCGAGGAUUCUAACAUUCCGAACCCAAUGUGGGCAUCGACUUGGUAAGCUAGGCACUGCAAAUGGCAGGAACGCACGAGGUACAGGGAGACUAAGAACCUUGCGACGGAAAAUAGGCUUCAGUUACACUACUCCUAACUUGGGCACUUGCAGUCACUGUUAUGCCGCUUGACCCACUAAGUCGUGAUAUCAUCACACACUCUACGCGAGAACGGAGGUUUCAGAUGGCUCUUGAUUAAAUCUGUCACAACUGCAGAAAGGCUCGUUAUCG